GAGCCGUCUAUUUAGCGCGCACCGUCUAGUGUUGGCUGUGGAGCAGCUUUCUCCCAGCCCUGCAGUUCUGAAUCAUUUGUCGUUUUAUGAGAGCUGGAGGUCUCGGGUAGAAUGGCGCUGCGUGAUUUAGCGGGUGUCCUAACCGGCCUGAGGAAAGUGGCUGCUGCCGUGUGUGCAGAGGCGACCUCUGAACUCCAGAACUCUCUCUCGAGGACUCCAGCCCCCUCUUCUCUCUAUAAGACCGCCAGUCAGGGCUGGAUAGAGUACGGGGAACUAAAGUGGGCCGGUAAAUGGAGCAAUGGUGGUGGAUUCGACAAGGAGUUCUUCCCGGAAUGGGGAGAGCAAGAGGACCAGCAGCUCUUUCCAAUGAAUGAGCCUUCAACUGGGUCCAUCUCGUCCGGUUCACUCCAUCAUGACACAGAUGGUGUAACCACAACACCUCUGCCACAGCAACUCGGGGCAAAUAAGGACUCCCCUAUACCCCCUCCACCUCCUGCCUCGCUGGACCAAAAUCCAGUGGGGACUACAAGUCGAGAGUCCCACACACAAAGACGCGCUCAUCUGCCACGUCAGCCUGCGUCGAGAGGAGGCUCCAGUCGGCGGUGGUUCCAUUCCAGUACUAGGUAUGGGAACGAGACAGUGGCGGGCGGGGGCUCCAGGUCAAGGUCAGAGGGGGGCACUCUGGACUCUGCUGCAAAAGAGAAACAUCCCAAACCCAAACAAAAGCUGAGCUCCAGGGCCAGGGAGAGGGCAGUACCAGCCACCAGAGUCAGCCGUUUGUUUAGCUUUGGAGGUCUGGUGGCAGGACUUGGGGUGGGAGCUGCUGCAGAGGUCGCGAAGAGGUCACUGGGCAUGGCUAACACUCCCUCCCUGGUGGCCGAUAACCCUCUCCUCACUGAGGCCAAUGUGGAGCGGAUCGUUAACACCCUGUGUACCGUCCGUGGAGCUGCCCUCAAGAUUGGUCAGAUGAUCAGCCUCCAAGACAGUAACCUUGUCCCGGAGCCAAUUCAGGACAUGUUUGACAGAGUCAGGAACAGUGCCGACUUCAUGCCUCUCUGGCAAAUGGAGAAAGUGCUGAGAGGAGGAGCUCUGGGGGAGAAAUGGAGGGAUCAACUGGCGGACUUUGACCCCCAGCCGCUGGCAGCUGCCUCCAUAGGCCAGGUCCAUUCUGUUGUCCUCCACUCUGGCCAGUGUGCCGCCAUGAAGAUACAGUAUCCAGGUGUGGCUCAGAGUAUUGACAGUGACAUAGACAACCCUCAUGGGCAUCUUGAAACUCUGGAACAUACUACCUGAAGGUCUGUUUUGGAUGAGUGGUGACAGUGGCAAGGAAGGAGCUGGCCUGGAGACUGACUACAUCAGAGAGGCAAAAUGUCAGAACAUGUUCAGAGAGCUGUUGGCCAAUGACCCUGGGUACCUGGUACCCGAGUGUUCCCUGACUAUCCACGAAGCGUGUCCUCACCACGGACUGAUCCAGGGCCUACCUCUUAGACCAGUGUGUCUCCCUUCCGCAGGAGAUCCGCAAUGAUAUAGCAGCAGGUGCUGGCAUCUAGUAAUGAGGGAACUCUGAUGUUCAGUGCAUGCCAACCGACCCAACUGGAGGCAGCAACUUCUUCUACAACAGCCAACGACGACAACA